UUUCAACCUUCCUUUUAACAUACCCGUCUUUUGUGAUAUUGGAUAUGGCAUUUUUCCCCUCUUGCAAUCUUUCUUUCUCCUCUCUCCUUCUUUCUCUUUGUGUUUUCUUGUAGAAGUGCCUGCAUUUGUUUCCGUUACAAAGGUCCUGCCAAUCGUGGCGCUGAACUUUUUACUGCUAUAGUAAAGAUGCACUGCGCUUUUUCCUGUCUCUCUUGCUCACACACACACUAACUCACAUACACACACACACACACACACAGAGAGAUACACACUAAUAUGCACUAUCUGACUCUUUCUCUCUCUAUAUGUAUAUGUUUUGAAUGGCUGUUAAUUCGUACAGGACUGUCUCCUGCCAGUGAUAUCCUAAAGCAACAGGGCAGGUGUCUGUGGUUAUGUUCAAUAGGGAGAGAUUACACAUUGUUAGCCGUGUGUCACUCUGUGCACAUUUCAUUAAGAGCAUGGCCGAUCAAUUAAGAGUGGCUCAUUGCAACGUGCGUAUGUUUUUCCUAAAGAAUAGAGGGAACGUGUCCUGUUGGGUUAGCAGCUUGUUCUAGGAUGGCUUUGUUCUCUGUCCCUGUCCUGGCCGGACGGCCACCCUGGCAGAAUCAGAAUACAUUUAAGGGCUUCGUUGUCCAAUUCAUUAGGGCGAUUACUCAGUCCACUGGCCACACUGGAGCCUUCUCAUUUCUGGCUGCUGAAUAGAAUGGCUGCCGAUGACCGGCACCUUCCCUCCAGCUGCGGGUCCUACAUCAAGACGGAGCCGUCCAGCCCCUCCUCAGUCAUCGACACGGUCAGCCACCACAGCCCCAGCGGCAACUCGGACGCCAGCGGUGGCUAUGUCAGCGCCAUGAACAGCCACUCCAACGGCCUGGACUCUCCGCCCAUGUUCACGCCCGGCGGGCUAGGCCCCGGCGCCUGCCGCAAGCGCUACGACGACUGCUCUAGCAACAUCAUGGAGGACUCACCCAUUAAGUGCGAAUACAUGUUGAACUCCAUCCCCAAGAGGCUGUGCCUGGUCUGUGGAGAUAUAGCCUCUGGGUAUCACUACGGCGUGGCCUCAUGUGAGGCCUGCAAAGCCUUCUUUAAAAGGACAAUACAAGGCAACAUAGAAUACAGCUGUCCCGCCACAAACGAGUGUGAGAUCACAAAACGGAGACGCAAGUCAUGUCAAGCCUGCCGCUUUAUGAAGUGUCUCAAAGUGGGGAUGCUCAAGGAAGGUGUGCGUCUGGACCGUGUGCGAGGGGGAAGACAGAAGUACAAGAGGAGGAUGGAUGCGGAGAGCACAGCAUACCUGGGCCUCACCCUCCCCCCUCCUGCCAAAAAACCCCUCACAAAGAUAGUGUCCCACCUUCUGGUGGCCGAGCCAGAGAAGAUCUACGCCAUGCCUGACCCCACCAUGCCUGAGAGUGACAUCAAGGCCCUGACCACGCUGUGUGACCUGGCUGACCGGGAGCUGGUGGUCAUCAUUGGCUGGGCCAAGCAUAUCCCAGGCUUCUCCACACUGUCCCUGGCAGACCAGAUGAGCCUACUGCAGAGCGCCUGGAUGGAGAUCCUGAUCCUGAGCAUCGUGUUCCGCUCGCUGCCCUACGAGGACGAGCUGGUGUAUGCAGAGGACUACAUCAUGGACGAGGAGCACUCGCGGCUCACGGGCCUGCUCGACCUCUACGUGUCCAUCCUGCAGCUUGUUCGCAAGUACAAGAAGCUGAAGGUGGAGAAGGAGGAGUUUGUUACCCUCAAGGCCAUCGCUCUCGCCAACUCAGACUCCAUGCAUAUAGAGGACGUGGAGGCGGUGCAGAAGCUCCAGGAUGCGCUCCACGAGGCUCUUCAGGACUACGAAAGCAGCCAACACCAGGAGGACCCCCGGCGGGCAGGCAAGCUGCUCAUGACCCUGCCCCUGCUGCGCCAGACCGCCACCAAGGCCGUGCAGCACUUUUACAGCAUCAAAGUGCAGGGCAAGGUGCCCAUGCACAAACUCUUCCUGGAGAUGCUGGAGGCCAAGGUCUGAUGGAGGAGCAGGUGCCCCCUGUGAAGGCGAUGGGGACAGGGCAAUGCAGACAGAGAGACAUGGACAGAAGGGACUCAGGACAGGGACACCCUGCUGACUGAGACAGGAGACAGACUGACCUCUCUUGUUCUCCACCCCCUCGGGCCCCAGACAUUAAAAAAAAUACAAAUAAAGAAGAACAAAUGCAAAACUUGGUUAUAAGUAUAAAUAUAAAAUGAUGCAGAUUAAUUUAAAAUAUAUAAGAAAUACUAUGUACAGUAAUAAUUUUGUUUUGUUUAUGGUCUGUGGUCAUACUGUAUGUGAAGGAUCUCCCCCUCUCUCUAUAUCUUCAGAAGGAAUAAUUGCAGGCUCUUAAUUAACAUGGUUUCUAGUCAGAACCUCAAGACAUCUCCAAAUGUGUUCUGAUGACAACACACAUGGCAACCACUAUGAACAGCCUCACUUGUCAGACAGUUAUUUCACCUCCUGGACUUGACCAGGACAUGUAUAUAUUUAUUAAUAAUGGAAAACUGAGUGUACAGUUAAUUCUGGUGAACCCGACGGCCAUUUUCUCUCAUUCUUUUUCUUGGGGAAAAAAAAGAAAGAAAGAAAGAAUUAAAACUGUUACCUAAAUGUGAGCUCUAUUGAUCUAAAUGCCCUUGAAUAUACCUCUUCAGAGCAGUGAGCCAUGUGAUAUGGGUCUGUCUCAGACAGGAAGAAGACAAACUGGUCACAUGACAUGUUUAACCAAACUAGCGUAGGCAGGUAGUCAGUCGUCUUAUUCUGUAGUAACUCAGCAAUAAAGGGAGCCGUGCCGUGGCCAAGCCAUGUUAAACCUCCACUACCCUCUCCUUCACAAUGCUGCUGUCUAUCUGUCUGUCUGUCACUAUAAGACCCAUAUGUGUGUGAGUGUGUGUCCCGGCAAUGUAGAUGUUUCUCCUCUGCAGAUGUUGUUGUCAAUGGUGCUCUAUCUCAAACCCCACACUUGGUCAUUGUUCAAGCCGAUGGAAAUUGCCUCUUGGCAACUGAGCGAAUGACCUGAUUUGGGCAGGGUGAAAGAUGAUGAGUGGGUUUGGGGCGGAGGUAUCAAAGGAUUUAUGCUGAGUGGCAGAAGUCCAGGAGAUUCCAUGUUCAAACAAUCAGAGGCCCAUAUGUCAAACGCUCUAUUUAGGGUCCUUUAAGCCCAUGGCAGAAUCCUCCCACACACAGGGCGCAAGGUACCCAGCAUCUGCUAUCACCAUUUUAGAAGCUGACGGUCUUUUUAUAGCUGGGGCUGCCUUUGUGGAUCUCCAUCCAAACGGAGGUGAAUGGCAGGUGCAGUGCAGUGAUGUGUUGGUAGCUAGAGCUUCACACUGACUGGGGGUAUUUUUAACCCAGAAGGAGGUUAUUGCUGUAGCUGUCUGCCUGCUCUCUGCUGUGCUGCUCUGCCUCCCUCCAGGAGUACAGUAGACACGUGGAGCGCUGCUUGACUCCAUGUUCACACAGUAGCUGUGGUCUAACACCUCCCAAUAGGCCAGGAGACAGACAGGCAUUCUUAAAGACAGCAAUUCCCCCCCCCCUCCCCCCCAAGGUGCUUCUCUUGUGAGAAGCCAUGCAGACUACAAAGUGUCAGCACGUUUCAAAGGGUAGCACCAGUCCCACAGUGUGUCUAUACAAGGUGUGAUCUCUGGUGGGAAAGUGAGUAGAGGGGCUCCAUUCUCUCUGUGUGUAGGCAGGUUGUCCUCCAUGGUGCAUGCUGGGACCUGUAGUUCAGUACUGUAGACUCAUGCUGCUCUUUGUUCUCAAAGGGAGAGAAUGUGGUGGGAGGUGGAUGAUUAUAGUACUGAUGUGAUUUAUGUGAAGUGAUAAAUUGUGGUACCGUCACAAUAUGAUACUGUGAUCAAAUGAAUCCCUGACAUUGCAGACGGGAUGGUCGCCACUCUGCUUGUAAUAUCAUUGGCCAGUGUUAAUCCAGCAGCACCCUCUUUUACUGCAGCCUGAUUGGCCACUUAAUGGAGGUUGACUACACACCCCAGCACCUAAUCAUCCAACUUGAACUAGCCGCUGUCUACUUAACAGGCUCCACUUUAGAGGGGGACAAUGUAACGUGAGUUAUUUUACUGUUGUGCAAUACAAGGACCAAUUCUGACUGAAACCAUGGUGAAAGCAUGCUGAAAACAUGCUGAAAGCAUGCUUUUACUAAGAUUUGGGACAAUUUGAUUAUCUUUUCAAUAUUACUCAAAAUACCUCUAAUCAAAAAUAAAUAUCACAACUAUAUUUUCUUUGCUCGGCUGUAAAAUACAAGUGUUUUAAUGGACAAGUACAGAUUACACACAUCAAACAGUUUAGCCUAAACUUUUUGUAACGAUGCAAAAUUCACACCCAACACGAUGCAACGUAAACUCCAGGCACUUCCUCUCAAUGCUUCACGUCUCACAUUCAAACCCUGGUUCUAUAUAAUGUGUAUAUAUCUGAAUGUCAAUAGUUACUGGACAGUAGCCUAUACAGUAGGUUGCCGAGUUACAACAGUUCAAAAUAAAGUACGGUAUGCAGCGUCCUGCUGACUACUACCUCAUCACUAUUGUCGAUACUUUUGAUUUCAAGACUUACUCUUCAUCAUCAUCAUCAAGACUGUAUUGAAACAUACCUGAGCCGUCCAUGUUUCUAUCAAAGAUUUAUUGUCUAGAAAUGCUCCUGCCAAGAUAUUUGUAAUUGUAGUCACCAGUUGUCUCUUACCAUCUAUAUAUCUGUUUGUAAAGGUACAGCAUGCUUAAAGUUGACCACAUGAGUUGGCCAUUAAUGGGUGUGACACCCAUUUUGGUUAUGAAGCGGGUACAUGUUUUUAUUAACAUCAGUGUGUCAGAAUUGGUCCCUUGAUGAUAAAAUUGCAGUAAGGAACAGGUACUUUAAAUUAUUUCCUGCUCCUACAUAUAAAUAUUUAUGGUGUGAAUUAUAUCAUUUGGCAACAGUGUACAUUGUUAUCUCAGAUUGUUAAAUCAUCAAUAUCUGUGUAACUUUUAUGUUUUGAUUUCCUAAAAGGAACAAAUAAUUAAAUAACUCCCAGAA